AUGGGGAAAGGUGUUGGGAGCACUGGGGGCAGCAGGGAGGACAGGACAUUUCGGAAGCUAGAGCCGUCGUUUGCAGAGCUGGAGAAAAGACUCAGCGAUUUUUCUCUGAAAAGUGCCAUGCUGCAGGAGGUGGUGCUGAGAUUCAAAGAGACGCUGCGACGGGGGCUGGGGAGCGACACAGGCGGCAGAGUAACGCCCACCUUUGGCUCCAGAUUGUCCCAGCCUCCCACGGGACAGGGAAGGGAACUGACUGUAGUGGAGCCAGUCCAGGGGCCGGUGACCUUCGAGGAGGUGGCUGUGUAUUUCACCAGGGAAGAGUGGGCUCUGCUGGACCCCCGUCAAAGAGCCCUCUGCAGAGACGUCAUGCAGGAGAACUGUGAGAAUGUGACCUCGCUGGCAGGUGAUGCAAUGGUACGUGAGAAAGAGGAGCAGAAUUCUCUGCAGGAAAAUGUUGAGCAAGUGGAUAAACACAGAGAAUUAUCACAAAGAUCGAAAAGGAAUGUGUCCAGGAGUCAUGAGCAGGGAAACUCCUGUGAGAGUCAGCACCGACCAGAAAAAGAGCAGGGAAACCAGCAAGGGGAGAAAGUGGGUAAAUUAAUUUCACGAGAAGGAACUCAGAAGGACCUCAAGGAAACCACAACACAGCAGGAAAUCCUUAUGGGAAAGAGCAAAAAUACAUGCACUGUGUGUGGGAAAAACUUACGUGAUUAUUCAGCCCGUGAAGAGCAUCAUAGAAUCCACACAAGUGAGAAACCGUAUGAAUGCAGUGAGUGUGGGAAAACCUUCAAGCACAGCUCACAUCUUAUUUCCCAUCAGAGAAUCCACACAGGGGAGAAGCCCCAUGGAUGCAGUGAGUGUGGGAAAACCUUCAGCCGCAGCUCACACCUUAUUUCCCAUCAGAGAAUCCACACAGGGGAGCGGCCCUAUGAAUGCAAUGAGUAUGGGAAAAAUUUCACUCACAGAUUCAGCCUUAUUAAUCAUCAGAGAAUCCACAUGGGGGAAAGGCCCUUUAAAUGCCAUGAGUGUGGAAAAUGCUUCAUUAACACCUCAACUCUUUCUAAACAUCAGAGAAUCCACUCAGGGCAGAGGCCCUAUGAAUGUAGUGAGUGUGGGAAAAACUUCACUCACAGAUCAGGCCUUUCUGAACAUCAGAGAAUCCACACAGGGGAGAGGCCGUAUGAAUGCAACGAGUGUGGGAAAACUUUCAAUCGGAGCUCAAACCUUAUUACUCAUCAGAGAAUCCACACAGGAGAGCGACCUCAUGAAUGCAGUGAGUGUGGGAAAACCUUCGCUUGGCACUCAGCCCAUGUUAGUCAUCAGAGAAUCUGCCAGGGAGCUCAACACCAUAAAAACCUCUAGGGCAGGGCUGCACAACUCGUAAAGCAGUGAGGGCCAUAUUACUCCAAAGAAAACAUCUGAAGGCUGAACUCCCCUCCCCGCCCAGCACCGACAGAACACCACCCCCACCAAAACAAACACACACCCAGUGCUGCCUGCACUGUGGAAACAAACCCUCCUUCCCCAGUGCCACCCCGCUGAAACAGCUGUGGGCCAAAAAGGAAGAUUGGGGGGGAUACUUUAUUAAGAAUUUUUCAA